AUGUUACUACAAGACUGGGUAGGUCCAGCACCGAACCUCACUCUAACUGGGGAAGUAAUAGAGCAGGUGGAUAAGUCUUGUUAUUUGGGCAGCUACAUCUCACCCGGUGGACACAUCACGGAUGAAAUGUCAGCUCGCAUACAGAAGGCUCGGUUGGCAGUUGCCAACUUGAGACAUCUGUGGCCCCGUCGCGACAUCCGGCUGUCUGUGAAGGGUCGAGUGUAUGCCGCGAUAGUUCGGCCAGUCCUGCUCACCGGUGCAGAAACUUGGCCAUUAAGAAAACAAGAUAAAGAC